AAUAUAUUAUAUUAAGUAAUUUCUUAAUGAUUUAGUAUUUAAAGUUUACCUAACAUUUUACAUUAGUAAAUUUUGGAAAGUGUUAAAUUAAAUACAUUCUUAUAGUUUGUUUCAAUAAGAACAUUUUAUUAUUAUUUAUUAAUUUCAAUUUAUAUUUCCAAUUUUCUUAAAUUUAUUCAUAAAACAAAAUUACAUUUUUAUAAUGGUCGUAAACAAUAGACAUAAAAAGAACGUGUUGAAUAAUUUUAGAAUAAAUGAGGUUGAUUCGGAAGAUGUAAGCUUAGAGAAUCUGAGUAUCAAUGAAAUACAAACAAAUAUAAUAAAGCAUUCUUGGCAGUAUACUGUUCAAUUAAAUCCAAUUACAUUCUAUGAAAAUAAUUCAGAUAUACAGCCAAACAAUGAACACCAAGUCUGGAAAGAAACUCAUUACUUAUCAUUGUAUAAAAGUGUGUUAUCUAUAUUAAACAAACUUACAUGGACAACAUUUGAUCAGCUAGUUGAAGAAUUUCAAAAAUUGCCAAUAGAGAAUAUAGAAUGUCUUGAAAGUAUUGCUAAUAUUGUUGCUCUUAAAGCUUUUGACGAACCUUCAUUUGGAUCUUUAUAUGCUUCUCUAUGCAAGGUUCUUGACAUAACUAUAAGUUGUCAAAAUGGAAAUGGUUUAACAUACCAGAUGACAUUUAAAAAGUGUGUAAUUACAGUUUGUCAGAAUUAUUUUCAAAAGCAAUGUAUAGAUGAUAACACUGAGACAAUAGUUAUGUCUAUUGAACAUGAACAAAAUCAAAGAAGACUUAAAAUGCAAGCAAUUGGUUGUAUCAGAUUUAUUGGUGAAAUUUAUAAACAGUCAUUAUUAUCUCCAUAUGUUGUCCAUUACUGUAUAAAAACGUUGAUAUGUAAAACUAAAGAAAGGUCACUUGAGUAUCUCUGUAAUCUUUUAAAAGUUGCUGGCAAAGAGUUAAAUGAAAAAAUAAGUUUGGAAGAUAUAUUUGAACAUUUAAUAUAUUUAAUAUCUGAUGAAAUGAAAUCAAAAGUAUCACCUAGGAUACGAUUCAUGGUAAAAGAUGUAAUUGAAGUGAUAAUGCCUUCAAGAUUAUUUUGAAUGAAACUGAUUCUAAUGCACAAUAUUAGAUUAUAUUUUAUGUAUAACAUAAACUUUUAAAAAAAGUAAAAAUUAUAUGAAAUAAAAAAUUGUAUUUUAGAAUUAUUACAAAACUAUUAAUAUAUUUAAUGAUAUAAGUUA